AAAUGACGGACGUGGCCAACGGCGAGCCACCGACGUCCCCGCUGGACCUGUUCAACAGCAUAGCCGCGCAAGGGGAGCUCGUGAGGACCCUCAAGGCCAAGAAGGCCUCCAAGGAUGAAAUCGAUGAUGCAGUCAAGAUGCUGUUGGCCUUGAAAACGAGCUACAAAGCUGCAAUGGGCGAGGAUUACAAGGCUGACUGCCCUCCAGGAAACCCAGCCCCCGGGAGUGACCACGGUCCAGAUGCCACCGACCCCGAGGAGGACUUUGUGGACCCGUGGACGGUGCAGACGAGCAGCGCAAAGGGCAUUGACUACGACAAGCUCAUCGUCCGAUUUGGAAGCAGCAAAAUCGACAAAGAGCUAAUAAACCGAAUAGAACGAGCCACUGGGCAGAGGCCACACCACUUCCUGCGCCGGGGCAUCUUCUUCUCCCACCGAGACAUGAAUCAAGUUCUCGAUGCCUAUGAAAAUAAGAAGCCCUUCUACCUGUACACGGGCAGGGGCCCCUCUUCGGAAGCAAUGCAUGUCGGUCAUCUCAUCCCGUUUAUUUUCACGAAGUGGCUGCAGGACGUGUUCAACGUGCCCUUGGUCAUUCAGAUGACGGAUGAUGAGAAGUACCUGUGGAAAGACCUGACCCUGGACCAGGCCCACGGGUACGCCGUGGAAAACGCCAAGGACAUCAUCGCCUGUGGCUUUGACAUCAACAAGACCUUCAUCUUCUCCGACCUCGACUACAUGGGGAUGAGCCCGGGCUUCUACAGGAACGUGGUCAAGAUCCAGAAGCACGUGACCUUCAACCAGGUCAAGGGCAUUUUCGGCUUCACUGACAGUGACUGCAUUGGCAAGAUCAGCUUCCCCGCCAUCCAGGCAGCACCCUCCUUCAGCAACUCCUUCCCACAGAUCUUCAAGGACAGGACGGACAUCCAGUGCCUCAUCCCCUGUGCCAUCGACCAGGACCCCUACUUCAGAAUGACCAGAGACGUCGCCCCCAGGAUCGGCUACCCGAAGCCCGCUCUGCUGCACUCCACCUUCUUCCCCGCCCUGCAGGGGGCCCAGACCAAAAUGAGUGCCAGUGACCCCAACUCCUCCAUCUUCCUAACAGACACAGCCAAGCAGAUCAAGACCAAGGUUAACAAGCAUGCAUUUUCCGGAGGGCGGGACACCGUGGAGGAGCACAGGCAGUUCGGGGGCAACUGUGACGUGGACGUGUCCUUCAUGUACCUGACCUUCUUCUUGGAGGAUGACGACAGGCUGGAGCAGAUCAGGAAGGACUACACCAGUGGCGCCAUGCUCACGGGUGAGCUCAAGAAGGCCCUCAUCGACGUGCUGCAGCCGCUGAUCGCCGAGCACCAGGCCCGGCGCAAGGAGGUCACGGACGACAUCGUGAAGGAAUUCAUGACGCCCCGGAAGCUGCACUUUGACUUCCAGUAGCCCCUUC